AAAAUACACCAUGAAUCUGGUUUUACGCUACUUUGUCAUUCACAUUAGAACCAUAAAUAUAUGGGCAAUAUGCGCCCACGUACCUAAUUAUCAAUCAUUAAUUAAUGUUCUUUUUUCUGCAGCAACGCUGAACAUUUUUAGCACAUCACCCACCAUGCCGAACAAUUACGUUCCAAGACGAAGCACGAAAGCGAUAUCUUAUUACUCACCUUCGGGAAGUCGGGAGACAGACAGAAUUCAUUCAUUCUAUCUAACAACAUUUAACUGCUAACGAAAACGGCUUUAAAAACCCCGUAAACCGGUUGGUUCACCGCUGAACUCCUCCGUUCUGGGCGAUCGUUUGUCGCUUGGUUUAUCAGUUCAACGCGUGUGUUCAAACCGCCCGGAAGAUGCAGCUUUUCGGUGCAGUGUUGUUGCUGAUAGCUCUAGCGUUCUCCGCGAUUUGCGAAGACGUGCUGUACAAAGGGUACAAACUAUACGAUGUACAAACGACCGCACGUGACCAAAUAGAACUGCUGCAAAGUGUGAGCCAUGAUUUAGAGCUGGAUUUUUGGAGCACACCUGCAGUUGGCAGAAAAUCAUCUGUGUUUGUAAAUCCAGGCAAAGAUGAGUUAUUCAGGACGUUUCUAAGCGAGCACAACGUUACUCAUCGACUUUCUUCGGAAGGCGUUCAAAGACUGAUCGAUCAUGAACGAGAUUUCAAUGAAAUUCGCAAUCGCAAACGUCGCAAUGUUAGCCAGAAUGAUACGAUUCCUAUUGUAAGCACGAAUGGAACAAGUUUUGAAUACUUCUGGUCAUUGAAUGAAAUCUACCAGUAUUUAGAUAUGCUGGCUAGAAAAUAUCCAAAUUUGGUGAAACUUUUUGGCUAUGGUAAGACUUACGAAAAUCGUUCAAUCAAAGUUAUAACCAUCAGCACUGCUGGGAAGGUGAAUGGAUCCCGUCCUAUCGUACUGGUUGACGGAGGCAUUCAUGCUCGAGAAUGGGCAUCCCAUAUGUCUGUCGUGUACUUGAUCUACCAGUUGGUUGAACGAUCUACCGAGAACAUGGAUCUAUUGAACAACACAGAUUGGGUGAUCAUGCCGGUGGUCAAUCCGGAUGGCUAUGAGUACACCCAAAAGGACCGUUUGUGGAGAAAAAACAGAUCUCCAAUCAAUGGUACGUCAUGCUUCGGAACGGAUUUGAAUAGAAACUUUCCCAUUGGAUGGACGAGCUUUGGAAGCAAAUGCUCAGUGGGGUAUGCUGGUCCUGCUCCUGCAUCGGAACUGGAGACACGAGCUUUGAUGAAGUUGAUGAGAAACUAUUCUAACGCUACGAAGGUCUACUUAACAGUGCAUUCAUGUGGAGACUUUAUCUUGUACCCUUUUGGAUAUAAAAACGAAGAAGCACCGAAUAAAAUGCAAUUACAAGCACUGGGAGAGGAAGCUGCCGCAGCUGUUAGGGCGAUCAAUGGUCCGAAGUAUUCUGUUGGAAGUUCAGCCGCUUUGCUUUAUCCGGCCAAUGGAAGUGACGAUUACAUUUAUGAGAAUUUAAAUGUUCAAUAUUCUUACACUUUGGAGCUUUCGUGUGGCAAUUCCAAUAACACUAGUAUAUUUAUCAUCAGUAUAGCAGAGAUGAAACGAAUCAACAGAGAGGCCUUUGAAAUGUUCAAGGUGUUCGGAAAAUUUGCGGGGACACAAAUAAAUGCUUCGUGCUAAUUAUCA